AUGACGUCAGAGUGGCACACAGCUAACACAGCUGUGUGAGCUUGUGUGUGCGCGUAUGCGGCGCGUGGCUGAGUGACAGUCGCUAGCUUCCACACAAGGAAGUGGAGCCUGAAACUGAAGCCAGAAACGCACUCACAGUCGUCGACUUUCUUCACAAGAUAUUUUUCAUCCAGCUUCCCUGAUUUGUGUGCCUGCCGUGUGUCCCCCCCCCCCCCCCCCCCGACGCGGGUGAUGAUGGAGAUGAGCUGAGACGGCGCCACCGCAUCUUCAUGUUCUCCGUCAGCCUCUUCAGCAGGAGGAUUUUUGUAAUGCUGAGCUCAGAUCAGCUGCCUGUUACCGUGAUCAUCCCCUCUCGCAUCCAAACAUGGCCCCUAUUCCACCGGGGAUCCGCUUGCUCGUGUCCUUCAACAGGGAGCAGUGGUACAGAGCUCUCACCUUUAUCCUAACCUUCCUGCUAUACACCAGCUUCCAUCUGUCCAGGAAACCCAUUAGCAUUGUCAAGAGCGAGCUUCAUAAGAACUGCUCUGGCAGCGAACUUGUCACGAGUUCCUUGAGCAGCGGCAUUGGCCAGCAUCCUCCCCCCCAAUCGCUCCACACAGAAAGGGACUGCGGCUGGAAGCCUUUUGAUAAAAGCAACUAUAAACAGCUAUUGGGAUACAUGGACCUCUCUUUCCUUUUUGCCUACGCAGUUGGAAUGUACCUCAGCGGCAUCAUCGGGGAACGCCUGCCCAUUCGGCUGUACCUGACGGUGGGCAUGCUGACCAGUGGCCUUUUCACCUGCCUGUUUGGCCUGGGCUACAUCUACAACAUCCACAGCUUACAAUUCUAUAUAUUUGUCCAGGUGGCCAACGGUUUGGUCCAAACAACUGGCUGGCCCAGUGUAGUGACCUGUAUUGGAAACUGGUUUGGAAAAGGAAGGCGUGGACUAAUCAUGGGGCUGUGGAACUCCCACACCUCAGUUGGAAACAUCCUGGGCUCUUUGAUCGCAGGUUACUGGGUCUCCUCCAACUGGGGCAUGUCCUUCAUUGUACCAGGUCUCAUUAUCGGAGCCAUGGGCGUGGUCUGCUUCCUCUUCCUCAUUGAGCAUCCUAAUGACCUAAAAAGCAUGUACGCUCAAAAUUCAUCUCCAGGCAACAAUGUUCAAGACAAGAGUUGGAAUGGAGUGAGGCACACCGACGUACAGGUGCAGUACAAGGACAACAAUAGCCAGGUCUACUACUAUGACAGUGUUCAAUACAGGAAGAGUUACGACACAGAGCUGCUUCUGCCCAGGGACGAUACGCACGUUGCAGUGAAGUCUGUGGUUGUGAAGAGUGAAUCGGAACCUUCUGCCAUCAGCUUCACAGGAGCACUAAGAAUACCAGGUGUGAUUGAGUUCUCUCUGUGUCUGCUGUUUGCCAAACUGGUCAGCUACACCUUCCUGUUCUGGCUUCCACUAUACAUCACUAAAGCAGCUCACCUGGACGCCAAGAAGGCCGGGGAUCUCUCUACGCUGUUCGAUGUGGGAGGAAUUGUCGGUGGGAUCUUGGCGGGGGUGAUAUCUGAUAAACUGGGGAAGAGAGCCACCACCUGUGCGGUCAUGUUACUGCUGGCUGCUCCUACGCUGUAUGGCUUCUCCAUGAUCAGUGAGUUCGGUCUGAGGCCCACCAUUGGGAUGCUAUUAGUGUGUGGAGGUCUAGUGAACGGACCGUACGCCCUCAUCACAACAGCAGUGUCUGCUGAUCUGGGGACCCACAAGAGUCUGAAAGGCAACGCCAGAGCAUUGUCUACUGUCACUGCCAUCAUUGAUGGCACAGGAUCCGUAGGUGCAGCCCUGGGUCCACUCCUGGCUGGACUGUUAUCUGCGGGGGGCUGGGACCGGGUCUUCUACAUGCUGAUGACUGCUGACUUUCUGGCUCUGGUGCUGUUGCUACGACUGGUUUCCAAGGAGCUGACCUCAUCGAAAGUCCGUCCCAUAUCCAUUGUCGAGUUGAAGGAGCACUAAGCACUUUGAAUGCACUGCCUCCACUGAUGCACAAUGAUUUAAAACCACUUGUCCGAGCCUGAAAUGCCUGUGGAUCUGUCGGCUACUGGACUGUCCUGGACAUGACACGUUAACCAUACAUAAGCACACGGGGACAGACCAGCAUGAGCAUGUGUGCACAAACAUGUUCAGUAGUUGGAUUUGUCCAAGAGUGCCACUACAGGAGAGAUGUAGCUGAGGUUUUUUGGCUGGUGAACCAAACUGAAGAUCGGCACCCUUGAGUUUGGAGCAUUCACCUGCAUUUACUGUACUCUGCAUCAGAACGCACAUGUACUCCCUCCUUAAAUCUUGAACUCAGUUUGAAUUUAGACAAGUGCCAGACAUAUAAAGCUAGCCUUAUCUUUUAAAUGUAUGUUGGGAGUUUAUAUAAACUAGGUGUAGCAACUUUCACAACAGUUUUCUCAUGGACCCUGCUGUAGUUAAUGGCAGAUGCCUUUUAUUCUCAUCCUCUAUCAUUACCACCCAACCACUAAACAUCCUAAAGGACCAUUUUUAAUUAUUGUGUAGCCUAUCAUGAUUUCAAAGGCUUAGACUUCAGUAGGUAAGCCAUAUGUGUACGUGAAUCCCUGUGGACGAUUUGUCGCUGUUAUUGUGUACUGAGGGAUAUGUGACAUUUUUAGUUUUUGCCAGAAACGGUCGUAAUUAUGUGCACCAUUCCCAAAAAUAGCAAUGGGUGAGGACGUGCUGUGUGCCUUCACCGAUUAACUUAAAUGUGGCCCCGUAAGAAUCACUUCAUUUCAGUUGCAGUUGCAAAAAACAAAACAAAAAAAAAAUCCACUGUAAAACAAAGAUAAAACACUUAAAGACUUUUGCACAUUUAAUUUAAAUAUUACGACAACAAUGCCACUGAAAACCAAAGUGACUUCAGAGAAAACCUAUCAUAAGUGUUCAUGGUGAAAUGGUGCACACCUUCCUUCACCUGAAGUGACUCUGGUUAGGUUGCCACCAUAAGACCAGUGGACUACAAAGAGCCUACAAAGCACCACCACAGACGAGGAACACGAAAAAAUGUCCAAAUCAUUAGAUUUACUACACUGUGUCAGAGUUAAUCCUGUAUCAGUGCUCGUACUGGGUUCACUAUACAUGUGGCAUAUAUGGGGCACAAUGACAAAACGCAAGCCUGUACUGAUCAAGAAAAAAAAAUACACAUCCAAGCCUGGCUACAAUAUUUAAAGGACUAUUUAAAGAUUGAACAUUAUGCAUAAAACAAGCAUAAAUUACAAACAUCCCAAUGUAUUAGUUCUUCUUUGGUUUCCAGUGGAAUUGCAUUGUUUUUUAAUGAAAAAAUAUGACGUAAUAGUUUUUCCUCAGAACUUUCGUUCAUCUCAUAGAGAGUAUAACUUUUUUUUUAUUUUCUACAUGUGUUUUUGCCUUGCUGUCAUUUUUAUUGUUCAUGCACAACAUGUCAGUCUGUGCAGUAGCCAGACUAAUAAUGCAAUGAUGAAUGAUGGGGGUGAGGUUCCUCUUCCUUUUUAAUUCCGUGGCCAGUACACAACAGAACGUAGAUGUCCAUGAUUUUAAUGUCCUGUAAAUUAUACACCGGCCCAAUAUUUCUUUCUCCAACCCGCCAACAACAGCACUGGCAUCAGCCGCGAGUGUUUUCCUGUGACAUGGCAGCCCCAGAUGAAGGGUUUCUUUCUAUUACUGCACAACACUGCACGGAAGUUGCUGUUUCAGUGUCACCUUUGCCUUAAUGAACCAAAGAGAUUAAGGGAUAAUUGUGUAAUUUAAAUAUGUGACUUCUUCUUGGGGGGGGAAAAACUUUUAUUUAUUUGUUAUGGUUCUGUGGUGGUUUUGAAUAUUUUCAUUUUGUUAUAAAAUGAAGGCAUCAAAUGUGUAUAUUCUUAUAUAUAUCUAUAUAUAAAAAGAAACUCCAGACGGUAAUGUUUUAUCCUGUGUGUGGGUUGGUUUUUGAGAUGAUAUGAAUGUAAAGUCCUUGUCAGAUUACAUGACCAACCCAUCAAACCUUGGGAUCGUAUUUUACAGUGCAAUGGAACAAGGUUAAUAGAAGUAGUAGUUGAAAUAAUGGCUAGUAGUAACAACAUUAUAACUUGGAGAAAAAAAAUAUUUUUUUCCCCAAUUGGUGACAUAAAAAACAUAAAAACAUAAAAAAAAGAAAAAUCAACUCACUGAAAAUGUUAAAAUUCACGUUCUGUGAUUUAUUUUGUUGAAUAUUUAUUGCAUUUCAUUAAUUUAUUGUCUAUCAACAGAAUAGAGAAACUGUAGUGAAUCUGUUCAUAGAAACAUAUAUUUUUAAACUAUGGGAUCAUUUCUUUUCACGGUGGUGGGAAAAAAUAAACUAAAUUAAAACAGAGAGGUACCACACUGCUGGGCAGUUGAUUUCAGGGCAGAAAAUAUAGGAAAUGAAAAUGAAAAUUGCAAAUUAACUCGGUCUGUGGUUGAUUGAUGCUGAAAGCAUUCCUGGAAUAAAUAAAACUCUAGUGGGAGCUUGA